GCUUGUGUUCAGCAUUCAGGAAGGCAGGAACAUUGGCGGGGGAUUGGCGGUUUCUGAAUCUUAGGCAGGUCCUUAUUUCUCAAGGGAAUCUAGGAGUCUGUGAGGAGGAGUCCGUGCUGGUCCGCUACUUUGCCAUCCUCUGCAGAACCUUGAAAGGGCGUGCAAGCUGCCAGGCGCCGGGCUUGGCAAAGAUUCUGGAUGCAGCAGAACGGGCUGAAGAUAAAGGCAAUGCCGCAGAACGGGUUGGGAAUGUAGGCCAGCUCGUGAGUUAUUUCUAGAAAGCUCCUCAUAUGAAACAAGCUGGGGGACGGAACGAGUCCACAUCGCAAACUGCUUCAAAUGUCUGGCAUCCAACAAUGGGUACUCCUCGGAACAUUCCCCUCGCCCCACUUCUUGUCACCUUGCUGGCACUAGGGCUGUUCACACCGGUGACCCCAUUCACACUAGCCGACCUCCAAGUGGAUAACCUUUCCAGCCAGACUGUUCUCAACAUAAGCUAUAGAAGCUCCGGAGACACCCGCCUCUCAGGGCCUAUUCCCACCGAACUUGGGGGCCUGACGAACCUCACAACCCUCGUGCUGACACAACACAACCUUUCCGGAGGGAUCCCCCCCGAGCUGGGUAACCUAACCGGGCUCCAGUAUCUGGACAUCUCAAACAACAGUUUGAGUGGGACUAUUCCACCGCAGCUAGGGCGGUUAACCAGCCUAACCCACUUUCAGUUGAGCGUGAACCGUCUUUUUGGGUCGAUUCCUGCCGAGUUAGGCAACCUGGUUAAUGUAACCUAUUUCGAGCUCAGUUACAAUGGACUGUCGGGCCCCAUUCCUGGGGCGCUUGGCAAUUUGACCCGCCUUGUGGACUGGGAAAUGCACGACAACAAUCUGACGGGGCCUCUUCCCCCAGAGAUCGGAAACAUGGCUAGCUUAACCAUAAUGGCAUUGCAAACCAACCAAAUCAAUGGGUCACUGCCUCCAGACAUAGGAAAGCUGACGAACCUUGAGAGCCUGUCCCUGUAUCAGAACCAGCUUUCCGGUCCGCUUCCGGCGGAACUUGGUAAUAUGACCAGUCUCAAGUCCAUAACCCUCUGGAACAAUAGCCUAUCGGGGCCCAUCCCAUAUGAGAUCGGCGGCCUCCCAAACCUCCAACAAGUCUUCAUGGAGAACAACACCUUUUCGGGCGACAUUCCCGCAAGCAUCGGUAACCUAACCCGCUUGUUGUUUCUGGGUGUGUCGAAUAAUUCGCUCUCCGGUUCGAUUCCCCCAUCACUCGGGAAUCUGUCAUCCGCCAGCUAUCUCGGUCUGGGCGGCAACAAACUGACUGGAUUCAUCCCCCCCGAACUGGGCAACUUACCAGCGAUGCAAAGCCUGGACUUCAGCAACAACAACCUGACGGGGCCGAUCCCCCAAGAGCUUGCAAACGUCACUUCGUUAAGCAGACUUUUCUUAAACGGAAACCAACUCUCCGGUUCGCCCCCCCCGCGGCUCGCAUCCCUUCCCAGCCUGGUCUCUCUAGACCUGCGAAACAACAGUCUCUCGGGGGUGAUCUCUCCGGAGUUCGCCGCUAGAUUUGGACCCGAAAACGUUCUACCGGGCAACCCAUUCCUUAGCGUCGGGACUGCACCGGGCCCCUUGGCGCCCCCCCCCCUCAUUCCAGCCCCCCAGCCAGCUGUAUCUGCCCCCCCGCCAGCUUUUUAA